GACGCAAGUCGGUAUCUCCCCAAGUAUUAGGAGGUUUCCUUAGUCGCAUUGUCUUUCUAUGUCUAUUUGGGUAUAAAUACCGGAGCUGGCUUCACUGCUCCAAGUGCUCAAAAAUCUGGGGAGUGUUUUCUCAGAAAAAAAUCUGGGGAGUUUCGAUUUAUUCGAGCUUCCAGUCAAAUAGCUUAUCCUACAAACUUCACUCGUGAAACCUUGAAAGGGUCUGAGCAUUCUCUGUUUGCCAUUACAACUUCUUGGAGAACCUUUUAAGGUGCAUCAACAAGUUUUUCAUUUGUCAUACAAUGGGAUGGUCAAGGAUUGUAAGGAGUCCAUUUAUACAAUCAUUAGCUGCUGAUUCUUUGGCUAGAGGAGCCUCUGGGAGUCACAUAAGCCAGGCAGGGUUGCUCCGCAAUGGCUUUCUUGCUAACCGGAACCAGUACUUCUCCUUGCUUAGAAAUAUUACCACAAGCAGUAGCUUGAAGCAUCUUCCUAGCGGUGGAGUGAUGGAUGGCUUCAGAGCUGAAAGCAGGGGAAUAAGUAUAACCCCUCGAAACCAAUAUCAUUCAGCUGAACAAAUUGAAGAUAAAUCAGAUUUUGAGGUGGAAGAGGAAAAGCUACCAGGACUAGAGCCCACAAAGCCAGAGGAGAAGCCUAGGGUGGUUGUUCUUGGAACUGGAUGGGCUGGCUGUCGAUUUCUUAAAGGGCUGGAUACGAAGCUUUAUGAUGUCGUCUGUGUAUCUCCACGUAAUCACAUGGUUUUUACUCCUCUGCUUGCUUCUACCUGUGUUGGGACCCUUGAAUUCCGAUCAGUUGCAGAGCCGGUCAGCCAGAUACAGUCUGCAUUGGCUGGAGCCCCUAAUUCGUACUUCUUCCUGGCUAACUGUACAGGAAUCAACACAGAUAAGCAUGAAAUAUACUGUGAAGCUGUCCCUAGUGCUGGCCUACCUUAUGAUCCGUACCACUUUAAAGUCGCAUAUGAUAAGCUAGUCAUCGCAGCUGGUGCGGAGCCUUUGACUUUUAAUAUUAAAGGAGUUGAAGAGAAUGCAAUUUUUCUCCGUGAAGUAUAUCAUGCACAAGAGAUACGAAGGAAGCUUCUCUCGAACCUGAUGCUCUCUGAAAAUCCUGGCAUAUCAGAAGAAGAGAAGAAGCGCCUUCUACACUGCGUUGUUAUAGGUGGUGGUCCUACUGGAGUGGAGUUUAGUGGUGAAUUAAGUGAUUUUAUCAUGAGAGAUGUGCGACAAAGGUAUUCUCAUGUAAAGGAUUACAUUCAAGUAACUCUCAUUGAGGCAAAUGAGAUACUGUCAUCAUUUGAUGUGGGUUUAAGGCAGUAUGCCACUAAUCACUUGACCAGGUCUGGAGUUCGUCUUGUGCGAGGUGUUGUGAAAGAGGUGCAGCCGAAGAACAUAGUUCUAAGUGAUGGAACUUCUGUUCCUUAUGGCUUGCUAGUAUGGUCUACAGGUGUUGGGCCCUCUCAAUUUGUGAAGUCACUGAAUCUUCCAAAAUCUCCUGGUGGAAGGAUUGGUGUUGAUGAGUGGCUUCGUGUUCCCUCGGUGGAAGAUGUGUUUGCACUAGGGGAUUGUGCAGGUUUCCUUGAGCAGACAGGGAAACAAGUGCUUCCUGCUUUGGCUCAGGUUGCAGAGAGGGAAGGAAAAUAUCUAGCCAACUUAUUCAGCAGCAUUGAGAAGCAGAAUGGAGGCAAAGCUUACUGUGCCAAAGAAGUGUCUCUGGGAGAUCCUUUUGUCUACAGGCACCUAGGAAGCAUGGCAUCUGUGGGGCGCUACAAGGCAUUGGUUGAUCUAAGGCAGAGCAAGGAUGCAAAAGGCCUUUCCAUGGCUGGGUUUAUCAGCUGGCUCAUUUGGCGUUCUGCGUACCUCACUCGGGUGGUAAGCUGGAGGAACAGGUUCUAUGUGGCAGUGAACUGGGCCACGACUCUCGUAUUUGGCAGGGACAACUCCAGGAUAGGUUGAUAUCAUGGCCCUCGAUUCACUGUGCUGGAAGCUGCACGUUGCAACCUUGCGGACUCAAGCUCAUUGUCAUUCUUGCCGACAAGUCAGUGCUGUUUCAUGCUGUUUGGUGAUUGCUGUUACCUUUCUGCUAUUGCCAUUUGAUAUUUUCCUGUUACCUUAUAGUCAAUUUUAUAGGCCACUGAAAAGGUCGUUUCUCACAGAAGUGAUGCCCGUUGCUCAUUUCUCUAAUUUUGACACUAUGCUUAUAUUCUUUUUCAUCAAAUUCAUAUUGUUAUUCGGUGAAUGUUGGCAUUACAGAAAGUUUCUUG